ACGCACCAAUCGUUUUACGAAACCUUGACCUUCAAGUGCUCACAAACCUCCGUCAGUGGAUAAUGCCACUGGGUCGUUGCCGCAGUCAUUGAGGAAAUCUGGAUAUGAGUUGCCGCUAUAUCCCUUCAUUAAUUCGGAAUGCGCCUCGCUUAAAGACCCGAGGGAUCGAAAUUUUGCGUGACCCACGGACAAAUAAGGUUAGACUUCACCAUAUUGAGUUUUCCCUCAGGGUUCCUCGUAUACUCUCCAUGAACGCCAACUUCUGGGGAUUCAUGGACUGUUGCCACCGAAUCCUCAGAAUCAAGAUGUUGAGGAGCAACGAGUUAUCUCAAACCUUUAUCAGCUGGAUGAUAAUCUUAGCCGUUACAUGAUGCUAAUGUCCCUCCAAGAUCUUAACGAAAAGCUGUUUUAUCGGACUAUCAGAACACAUUUAGAGUAUUGCUUACCACUUAUUUACACACCUACUAUUGGCUUGGCAUGUUUGAAUUUCGGUUUUGUUUUCAGAAGGCCUCGGUAAGUUGCUGUAUUUACCAUAUUUCUAGAGGUAUUUAUAUUACAAUUCAAGAUAGAGGGCAUAUUUUUACUUUACUAAAAAAUUGGCCUGCUGAUACAAUUAAGACUGUAGUCAUGACUGAUGGCGAACGUAUAUUGGGUUUCGGAGAUAUGGGCGCUAAUGGAAUGGCUAUUCCUCUAAGCAAGGCUGUUCUGUACACUGCCUUAGGAGGCUUACAACCUUAUCAUUGCCUACCUGUGAUGUUGGAUGUUGGUACGAACAAUGAAAAGCUUCUGGAGGAUGAGUUUUAUGUUGGUCUUCGUCGGAAACGGGCCACCGGAGAAGAGUAUAUUUCUUUCAUGGAUGAAGUUGUGGAGUCAUUGUCUGCGCAUUAUGGACCAAAUGUUUGUCUGCAUUUUGCAGACUUCAAGAAUUCAAAUGCUUUUCAACUUUUAGAGAGAUAUCGUUCUAACUACAUAACAUUCAAUGAUGAUAUACAAGGUUCUGCUGUGGUUAUUGUAUCAGGUCUAAUGACUGCAUCCAGAGUGACACAAAAGAAAAUAUCUCAGAACAGUUAUCUCUUUUAUGGUGGUGGGGGAGCUUCUAUCGGUAUAGCACGUUUGUUAGUACAAGCAAUUAUGGAGGAAGGUUUCUCUGAAGAUGAAGCUAAAUCACGUAUUUUUAUAAUGGAUUCUAAAGGUUUAAUUGUCACAAGUCAUGAACUUAGUGCAGCAAAAUCAGAAUUCGCUCGUUCUGAUUAUCCUAAAAUAGAUUCGCUUUUGGAAGCUAUUCGAUUAAUUCGACCUUCUGUUUUAAUUGGUGCUUCUGGACAAAGUGGAGCAUUCACGCGUGAUAUUCUUCGUGAACUGUCAACAAUCCAUAAGACUCCUAUCAUAUUUGUCCUAAGCAAUCAAUCAAAUCUCGGCGAAUGCACUUCCCAGAUGGCUUAUAAGGCUACAGAAUGGAGAUGUAUAUUUGUCAGUGGUUCUUCUUCAGAACCUGUUCGAACACCAGAUGAUCGUUUAUUAAAACCGAGUCAAGGAAACAACUGCUAUGUUUUUCCAAGUUUGGUUAACGCAUUAUCAUUGGCUGUCAUUCGUCCGCUAACUUAUAAAUUGCUAUUGACUGCAGCAAAGUCAUUCAAGAGUCAGUCAGGGAUUCGGUGAAGAAAUCUCUUUUCAUCGAUUUUAUUCUCAAAGCUAUAUGAAACUAUCUGAAUUAGUUACAGACGAUGAUAUAUGUCAAGGUAGUAUGUAUCCAUCAAUUGCUAGAUUGCCAACAAUUACAAAAGAAGUCUCUUGCGCUAUUAUGGAACAAGCAUACAAGGAUAAAAUUGCAUUUUUUACUCCGGAACCAUAUAAUAAAAUGGAAUUUAUUGAAUCUUACUAUUAUGAUCAUAGAUAUAUUAAUUUUACACCCGACCAAUAUGUUUGGUAGCCAUUUUGGCGCAUUUCUAUUCCCUGUUUCCUCUAUCUAUCUUUUUGAGUAGAACUCAAUUUUAUCUUCAAACUGGUAAGAAUGAUUUCAACAUAUGUAUUAAUAGUGUUUGGCUACUGCUUAUCAUCUGUUCAUCUUAAAGUUUUGAUUUGAAUAUCGAUGUUCGUUGUAUUCAUACAUUUCUUCUGUAAAAUGAUUGUUCUGUUAAACGGUUUGUACCAACUGUGGAAAAUGUUUUUCAGUAAAUAACUAUACCUUUCAACUGUGGUGAUUAAAAAA